CAAAAUCAUCAGCAAACAUUCCCCACCCACCUGGUUUUUAUCACGACAUUCCUUAAAAUCAUUGCAAUUUAAUUUUUGUCAUAUCUUAUAUCGAAGGCCUCAAAGACUAGACAGCACAGAAAGAUCUGCAAAACCCGUUUCUUUUGACAACACAGUCUAAGAAAAGACCAUCACUCCAAAGAUAUAAUAUAUAAAGUGGCAUAAUAGUUGGCACGUAGCAAUGCAGAUUCUUCAAUGGAUCUCCAAAGGGACAAAUGAUCAUGAAAUAGGCCGGAGUUCUCCCAACGACUGGAAAGCAAUUAGAGAUAAAAAAGCUGAAGGACAAGAUAUAAUUACAGUUAGGCAUCAUAGGGCGCAUCAAGGAACAAAGACAAUCGAAGGGAGGAAGCUUGGCAGCAAGAACUUGAAACUGUUUAUUUUUAUAUGCGGAAAAGACAUUCCGAAGGCUUGUUUUUACAGAACCCUCGACUUAAACAGAAUAAGAAACUUGAAUAGAAGAAGGCAUUUUAUCCACUCUAUGAAUAUGAAGAGAGAAGAAUUAUCAGGAGUAGGAAAGAAGGUUUUGCCUAUAAGUGAAGCAUCAUUGUCCAAAACAACUGAAAGAAAUAGUGAACAAUAUUGUGUCACCGCUGAAACAAAGGAUCGAACUAAAGGUGAUAGAAAUAAGCUAAUUUCAAGAAUGAAAGAGCUACUUAGAAGGGUUGCUGCAACAAAAACAGACGAAAGAGAAAGUUUCUAUGAUCAAAAGGUUUUACAUUUUAGAAGACAAGGAAACAUAGAAGCAUUUCCUGAAGAUGAUCAACGCAUCAGUGAAUCACCCAAGAUCAGUUUGACGUGGGAUGUGGAAACCUCUUCUGUCCACUCACUGGCUACUUGGUCUGAAAAUGUUCAAACCAAGAUUUCACAUUCACAUACUUACAUCCCUCGUAGAGAGAGUAGUGGCAUCACUUGUAGAAAAGAAAACUGGAUCACCACAGAUUCUGAAUUUGUGGUGCUGGAACUAUGAAGAAAAGUAUCUAAGGAAGAUAUUCUAUUAUUCUAUGGAUGAUGGAACUUUUCAGCAAACAAUCAACUUCAUGAGUUAAUGCUCUGUCUAUGGGUUUUUGUAUACCUAAUUUGAUAAUCACGGAAUUCCUAGUUGCUUCACUUAAAAUAGUUAGAUUGGUUUGGCAAGAAAAGUUGUAACAUCAAUAUUCUGUGAUGCACCUAAUGUUUAUCGAACUUAUUUUCCUUAUGUCUGAAAUGGCUAUGUUUGGCAUCUACAUUAUGAGGUU